UGAGAAAGUUGGCACGGUCACCCAGAGCUUCGCAGGACCCGGUCACUCAGUGACAGAUGGACAAUGCAAGAAUGAGCUCCUUCCUGGAAUACCCCAUCCUCAGCGGUGGCGACUCGGGGACCUGCUCAGCGCGAGCCUACCCCUCCGACCAUGGAAUUACAACUUUCCAGUCGUGCGCGGUCAGUGCCAACAGCUGUGGCGGCGACGACCGCUUCCUAGUGGGCAGGGGGGUGCAGAUCAGCCCGCCCCACCACCACCACCAUCACCACCCCCAGCCGGCCACCUACCAGACUCCUGGGAACCUGGGGGUGUCCUACUCCCACUCGAGUUGUGGUCCAAGCUACAGCGCGCAGAACUUCGGCGCGCCUUACAGUCCCUACGCGUUAAAUCAGGAAGCAGAAGUAAGUGGUGGGUACCCCUCGUGCGCUCCCACUGUUUACUCUGGAAACCUCUCAUCUCCCAUGGUCCAGCAUCACCACCACCACCAGGGUUAUGCUGGGGGCGCGGUGGGCUCGCCUCAGUACAUUCACCACUCAUAUGGACAAGAGCACCAGAGCCUGGCCCUGGCCACGUAUAAUAACUCCUUGUCCCCUCUCCACGCCAGCCACCAAGAAGCCUGUCGCUCCCCUGCAUCAGAGACGUCUUCUCCAGCGCAGACCUUUGACUGGAUGAAAGUCAAAAGAAACCCUCCCAAAACAGGGAAAGUUGGAGAGUAUGGCUACGUGGGUCAGCCCAGUGCGGUGCGUACCAACUUCACCACCAAGCAGCUCACGGAGCUGGAGAAGGAGUUUCACUUCAAUAAGUACCUGACACGCGCCCGCAGGGUGGAGAUUGCCGCCUCCUUGCAGCUCAAUGAGACCCAGGUGAAGAUCUGGUUCCAGAACCGCCGAAUGAAGCAGAAGAAACGAGAGAAGGAGGGCCUCUUGCCCAUCUCUCCAGCCACUCCGACAGGAAGCGAGGAGAAGGCCGAGGAAUCCUCAGAAAAGUCCAGCUCCUCGCCCUGCGUUCCUUCCCCUGGAUCUUCUACCUCAGACACUCUGCCUACCUCCCACUGAGGCCGCCCCAGCCCCACUCUGCAGCCCAGGCUACUCCUCCGGCUGGGACUUCUUACCCAAAGCACAUUCUUAGCUUAUCUUUCUUUCCAUUUACAAUCUCUCUCUUACUUUCUGAUCCUAUCUGGGGAACUCCU